AUGUCUGAUGUUGAGACCACAUACGCAGACUUCAUCGCCUCUGGCAGGACGGGACGCAGGAAUGCCAUGCACGAUAUCCUGCAGAGUCCCACUGACCCUGAGGGACGAGAAAUGCCCCUCACCCUGUCUCUGUCCCAGCUGCACAUCAACGCAGGAGGAGGAGGUAAUGUCAUGUGCUGGGGUGUUAAACUUUGGACUGUCAGUCUUACAAGUAUGUAAGUUUGUAUGUUCCUUAUAUUGAGGUCAUUAAUGAACUGAUCUAUGCAACUACUCUGAGGUUAUGAUGAAUCUAAUUAACUAGUAUUACAAGAUUAUAUUACAUAGGACUUCAUUACAGUAAUAUGGCAGAUAGUCAAUGUUUCCUCUAUUUCUCUUCAUGCAAUCAGGCUAGUGUUGUCUCAUAUGUUAAAUCUAAAUAAUAUUUACAGGGGAUUUUUUUCAAGUGAGGUUGUAUGAGGUACUUGUCGAUAGUAAUUGUGUUACCCACAGAGGAUAAGCUUGGUCCCUUUGUCGAGAAUCUAGCCAGAGGACCAUCAACCACUGAGUGGACUGUCUUAAAGUCUGAUCAAAUAUAUGGCAGAGUUGACCCCAUUUGCUGGGGCUGACAGUGAAACUUCUUUGUUGGUUCUGUGCCGAGGUCCAAGGGGUCAAGCUGACUUUGUGAGUAAUGUAAUCAGUAUUGACAAGAACCUUAUGCAGUCCCAUCUAAUGAACCAAAUGAAAGUAUUCCCUUUAAGGACACACAGAAUGAUGAAAGUACCUCUGUCUGCAGCUGUCCAAUAUCUGUAAUUGGUGCUGCUGUCACAGUCAGCAGCAGACAGUGUUCAAGUUUGAUAGUAAGCUUUAGAGGUACAGUUUGAAUAUUUAAUGAUAUCUCAUGGUCAGAUUCCAGACUGAAAUGCUCUCUUGCUCACUCCACACAGCAGGGGACAAUGACCUUUGAGGACCAGAAGUCCUGUGAUUUAUCAUAAGUAUGAUCAUAAGUCUGUCUACUCUGUGCUACUGUAGAGACAUGACAUUGCAGGAUGUCAAAGGGGAACCACUACAGUAGAUUUAAAAGGCUCAUUCUGAGUAAAACAAAUCCAUUACUUUAUUCAGGUGAUUUUACACAAAUUUAAGCAUACUAUUGUUUUUUUUUUUUUUUUUUUUUCAUUUUAUUUAUCUGAGAAAUUCCGAAAAAAUCUUGUCAUAAAUUGUGCAAUACCCCCAGCACCCUGACAGUAGAUAAAAAGUCAAUCAUUAUCUAAACUCAAAGUGAAUGUGUAAGCGUUUGCAGUGGGUUUUUUUUUUCAGUUUAAGUCAUUAUGCACUCUAUUCAAGCUGCUAUUUCCCUCUUUGUCCAAACAGUUAAAAAUAUCGGUUACUGAUAUUGGUAUGACAGUGUAGCUGUGAAGCAGUGAUUACAGCUAACACAUGAAAAAUGCUGUGGUUUCUCUUUUUGCAGCCUGCAAACAUUGUUCUUUCUGAUUAAGAUCUAAACUUUAAAUAAAAAACAUAAGCCUGUUUAUUUAUAGCACCAGGAUAUUUAUGAGUUUGUUUCCCCCUUUCUCUUUCUCUGUCCUGCAGAUGGAGAUGACACAGAGGACAGCCAGAGCUCGUCCUCCUCAACCCACAGGGAAUCCGAGCAGAGGAACAGCUAA